AUGAGGCUCUUCCACUUCUCAAGCCUCUCGCUGGCAGCUUCAGUGCUCGCGCAGACGUCCAACGACACGCGGAAAUGCGAGACGAGUCGUUAUGAGCACAAGCAUCGCGUCUUCAUUUCUACCGACAUGAGCAAUGAGCCGGACGACCAGAUGAGUCUUGUGCGCUUCUUGACGUACGCAAACGAGCUCGACAUCCAAGGUAUCGCCGGGUCGACGUCGAUCCACAAGAACGACUCGGUGGACGAGGCGACGAUUCGUCAGGUGAUAUCCGUCUAUGGAAACGUGACGGUCAAUCUCAACGCUCAUGUGCCUCCCAGCGCACCCUACCCGUCGGCUGCCGAGCUUUUGUCCAAAGUCACCACUGGCCACCCGGUCUACGGCCUCGCAGCACUGAAGCUGAACCUCAGCGACGCAGCCGCGGCGUUUGUUGAUGUCAUCGACAGCUCUCCUGAGCCUACCUGGUUCCUAGCCUGGGGCGGGACCAACGUCCUGGCGGAAUCGCUGCAGCAUGUCUCUUCGACACGUUCUGCAAACGCCACAGCGCAGUUUGUGUCCAAACUGCGCGUCUACGCCAUCUCGGACCAGGACGACGCCGGCCCCUGGCUGCGCCUGCACUUCCCGCAGCUCUUCUACAUCGUCUCGCUGCACGCCAUGAGCGACUAUGCGCGCGCAACCUGGAACGGGAUAUCCGGUGAGAUAUUCCGACCUGCAGACCGCGGCGGGCCGGACUCGUCACUCAUCACCAACGCCUGGCUGGACCAGCACAUUCGCAGCGUCGGCGAGCUGGGAAAACACUACCCGCACUACGACUACAUCAUGGAGGGCGACACACCCUCGUUCUUCCCCCUCAUCAAAAACGGCCUCGGCGACCCUGAGCACCCAGAAUGGGGCAGCUGGGGCGGACGGUACAAGCUCCUGGAUCGCAGCGGCGCCAACUCACGCGUCUACACGGAUGCAACCGACUUCGCCGCCGGCGUCGAUGGCGCGGGCCAUCUGAGCAACCACGCGAGCAUCUGGCGCUGGCGGUCCGGAUACCAAUUCGACUUUGCAAACCGCAUGCAAUGGACGCUCGACACAGACUACAGCGCGCACAACCACGCGCCGCUCGCAGUGCUGGCGGAUGAAGCAUGCGGUGGUAUCGUUCACCGCACCUUCACGCUCAACGACACGAUCUCACUCGAUGCAAGCGCCAGUUGGGAUCCCGAUGGCGAUGUCCUGGCGUUCGAGUGGUUCCACUAUAGGGACGUGGUACAGGAGAUGAGCGGGCCGGUGACUGACAGCGUGGUCAGCAAGAACAUCACCAUCGUGCCGAUGAAUGAAGACGGGAGUGUCGUUGGGGUUACGCCGUUGGCGAACCUGACCAUGCACCUGAUCCUCUCCGUGACGGAGAAGCGUGAAAUGGGAUUGACGACCUACCGCCGCGUGAUCCUAGACCCUGUAGCAUAG